UCCCAGUGGGCAGCCUGAAGGAGCUCGUGACAAGCAUGCAAGGCCCACUAGGGAGGGCACGUGGUCCCCGUGAGGCCCUGUUCAGCCAGCGGGGGGGUUGAAGUCCCCGUCUCACAGCCCGUGUCUCUCUCAUCAGGACCCCCGUGAACAGCCUCCAUGAGGCCUUGGAUCAGUGCAUGACCGCCCUGGACCUCUUCCUCACCAACCAGUUCUCAGAAGCACUCAGCUACCUCAAGCCCAGAACCAAGGAGAGCAUGUACCACUCCCUGACAUAUGCCACCAUCCUGGAGAUGCAAGCUAUGAUGACCUUUGACCCUCAGGACAUCCUGCUUGCUGGCAAUAUGAUGAAGGAGGCGCAAUUGCUGUGUCAGAGGUACCGGAAGAAAUCCUCAGUAACAGAUUCUUUCAGCAACCUCAUGCACCGCCCUACCAUGGAUCAAUUCACGGAAGAGGAAAUCCAUGCUGAGGUCUGCUACGCAGAAUGCCUGCUGCAGAGAGCUGCCCUGACCUUCCUGCAGGAUGAGAACAUGGUGAGCUUCAUCAAGGGCGGCAUCAAGGUUCGAAACAGCUACCAGACUUACAAGGAGCUGGACAGCCUCGUGCAGUCCUCACAAUACUGCAAGGGGGAGAACCACAGGCACUUUGAAGGAGGUGUGAAGCUUGGCGUGGGCGCCUUCAACCUGACGCUGUCCAUGCUUCCUACUAGGAUCCUGCGGCUUCUGGAAUUUGUGGGAUUUUCAGGAAACAAGGACUAUGGGCUACUGCAGCUGGAGGAGGGGGCCUCGGGGCACAGCUUCCGAGCCGUGCUCUGCGUCAUGCUGCUGCUGUGCUACCACACCUUCCUCACCUUCGUGCUCGGCACCGGGAACGUCAACAUUGAGGAGGCAGAGAAGCUCUUGAGGCCCUACCUGAAGCGGUACCCUAAGGGCGCCAUCUUCCUGUUCUUUGCAGGGCGAAUUGAAGCCAUCAAAGGCAACAUUGACUCGGCCAUCCGGCGCUUUGAGGAGUGUUGUGAGGCCCAGCAGCACUGGAAGCAGUUCCACCACAUGUGCUACUGGGAGCUGAUGUGGUGCUUCACCUACAAGGGCCAGUGGAAGAUGGCCUACUUCUAUGCCGACCUGCUCAGCAAGGAGAACUCCUGGUCCAAGGCCACCUACAUCUACAUGAAGGCUGCCUACCUCAGCAUGUUUGGGGAGGAUGACUACAAGCCGUUUGGGGACGACGAAGUGGAGUUGUUUAGAGCUGUGCCAGGCCUGAAACUCAAGAUAGCUGGGAAAUCUCUACCCACGGAGAAGUUUGCCAUCCGGAAGUCCAGGCGCUACCUCGCUCCCAAACCCAUCUCAUUGCCAAUCCCUGCUCUGGAAAUGAUGUACAUUUGGAAUGGCUACGCUGUGAUUGGGAAGCAGCCAGAACUCACAGACGGGAUACUUGAGAUUAUCACCAAGGCUGAAGAGAUGCUGGAAAAGGGCCCAGAGAAUGAGUACUCGGUGGAUGAUGCGUGCUUGGUGAAGCUGCUGAAAGGCCUGUGUCUGAAAUACCUGGGCCGUGUCCAGGAGGCUGAGGAGAAUUUCAGGAGCAUCCCUGCCAAUGAAAAGAAGAUUAAAUAUGACCACUACUUGAUCCCCAAUGCCCUGCUGGAGCUGGCCCUGCUGUUUAUGGAGCAAGGCAGAAACGAAGAGGCUGUCAAACUCUUGGAAACUGCCAAGCAAAACUACAAGAAUUAUUCCAUGGAGUCAAGGACACAUUUCCGAAUCCAGGCAGCUACACUCCAAGCCAAGUCUUCUCUAGAGAACAGCAACAGAGCCGUGGUCUCAUCAGCGUCCUUGUAGCUUGGUGCCGCACUCCCAAGCUAGAAGACAGACAGCUGGACAGAGCUGCUGGAAACAUUUCAAAACUGAUCCCCACCCCCUGCCCUGCCUUUGGGGUCCACUGGUGCUCCAAUGGGAUGGCACAACAUGAGAGUAUCCGUAAUGAAGCCAAGCCGGCGUUUUCACCAGUGUGGCCAAGGUCCUUUGCCAAGGACAGAGCAGGUGGAGCCCUCUGCCUGCCCUAUCACAUAUACGGGUACUUGUUUUUCACUGUGAUGCUUAAGAGAAUGUAUGAACAGUUUACAUUUUACUUAGAAAUACAAUGAUGGGAUCAUAGUUGGCUUUUCAAAAAACCACCAACCACCCACCUGUAAAUCUUUGCUUUAACCCAUACUGAUUGGGAGGUAAAUCUGUAUGCUGCCAAAGACCAAACUGCUUUUCAAACUUCAGCAAGGUCUCAGCUUCCAGGGCUGGAAGGACUCCAAGGAUGGUCUGUACCUCAGGCUUCAAGGCUUCUGGGGUUGCACGUAGACACACACUAUCUUACUUCUUACAUUUUAACUCCCUUUGUAUCUGUCCAGUUUUAAAAAAAUCAAACAUCUUUUUAGUGAGAUAAUUUUCACUUGAGUUCAUCUUUAGCAAAAAUAAUCCAUCUCUAUCAGUAAGGAAUGGGGAUGCCGAGGCCUGACAGAAGGGGAGCUAUAUGGCUUUCUGUGCCAAGAAGUUGGGGGGGUGGGGGGCAGUGUUUCUCAGACUGAAACCUUUGGGAAUAAUUUAUAGAAUCUUCUGUACUUCACUCCGAGGUACAUUUAUUUACUGAAAGCAUUUUUCUUAGAAACAGAAUAGUAAUUCUUGGCUAUUUUAUAUGUUUAAUUUUUUUCAGUUAAGAGAAAAUAGAUAUUUAAGUAAUAAAACUUAUAUACUUAAAAGAGAUCAUGCAACAUCUAUUUCAGUAAAAUAUGUGUUGCUUGAAUUCUUAGGCAUGGGAAAAAGUUUGGAUCAGAAAUCAUAUGGCCCAGGUAUGUUUUAUUUAGACAUGAUAUUCUAAAAAACUUACAGAAAGUUAACAUUUUAAAGUGGGGAGAUUUCACAAAUAAAUCUGGUUUCUAGGCUCUUAUUUAAAAAAAAAAGAUCUGGCAACAUUGGGCCUCAUUACCAUAAAGCAGCAAGGCAACAAUCAGUUGGAGCUGAGUAGAAACUACUUUGAACACUUUCUCGUCCCUAAAAGCAUCUGCAUUUGCAACCUCUGGGACUGUUCAAGUUCAGUGACCAACACCAGGUUUUACCAUUCACAAUGUCAUGAUAGCAUAUUCCAAUUUAACCAUUUCCCUAGAAAAAUCAUGGACACAGUAAAGAUACUCAUGUGUGAACAUGUGACUCUCCAAAUACAUGAAGGCAGUUUCUGUAAGGGAAGACCACAGACAACUUUUCCAAUCUGCCAGCAUUGCUGUAUUUAGCAAACACUUCUGAGCAUCUGCCAGUGGCUGGGUGGGUUAUCUAUUAAUAUACAGUCAGCUAGCUUCGUCUGACUGACAGUGAAUGAAGCAAUGGGCUUUAGGUAAGGCACGUUCUCAUUAGGGAAAGAAAACAAAGCAGAAAACCCUCAUUCAAGGUCCUCCUUUGCAUUUAGUACUGUCAGAGCAGAAAUGCUAUGGAAAAUUUUUUUCAUUUCGUUAGAACUAGACAAAAGAAUACUCUCCACAGAUCAGCCCUUUGCAAGCUCAGUCUCCUUGAAAGCCUGGGUGCUGGGAGACCAGCCUGCUUCUAGGUUGCUGGGCAGGGCAGGGGUGAGAAGGUGACAAGAGCCAGGCUGCCGAGAGGAUUGCCUCUAGCAGCUCCCCACAUUUUAGAACCCUACCUACUGCUAUAUAAAAGCAGCACCAGUCGUAAGAUACCAAAUAUAAUUUGCAAAAUAGCUUAUAAAAAAAGCUUUUAUUUCAACAUUUAUUUUUGGUGCUUUUGCUUGUACUUUAAAAUUUAUGCCAGAUAACCGGUUUCCUUAUCCCUGUUUGUGGCUGAUUUCUUGCUGGGCUUCAUUAAUUAGCCUAUGUCACCUUUACCUCUGUCUGCUGCCUUGGCUGCAGUCUGGCUGAUAAGAGAAAUCAGUGAAUUUUGUCUCCUUUAUCCCAUCUGCAGCUUGAGAUAGUCUAUGAAAAGCAUGUAUGUGAAGGUGGGUAGAGGGUGAACAUGUUGGGUGUCUGACGCCAUAUCCUCGUGCAGAGGCCUGUGAAGGUGAGAAUUCUGCUACAGGCUUCUCACUGUCUUCUUUCAGCCAUUUCUGGUUACUUCUCUUACAGACUUCAGGCACAUCUGCCCUGCACAAGCAGCUGGUCAGGUGGAGAGUUUUGGCCUAGAAAUGAGACUUGAAUUCCAGUCCCUGUUUUGCUACUGAUUUUCAGAGUAACCUUGGAAAAGUCAGACCCUCUAAAAAUUAGUAAUUUAGACUACUCUUUCCUGCUGUCAACAGUUCUGAUUCUAACUCUGGUAAAGUCUGUUGGUGGGUUUUCAUCUCCAAAAUGAGGCAACAGAUAUAUAACUCCUUACUUUUUGCCAAAGCCUUGUGUCCCUAACCUACUCAACUAGAAAUGAUAGGCUUCUUCAAUCAGGGGUCUCGGCAGAAGCCCAGGAUACCCAGAGAGCAAAUAAUCCUCAUUUGGGGCAAGUCUGCAUCCUGUGCCACACAGAGGAACUCAUGUGUUAGUUAGAAGCGACUGUGUAACAUGACCUGAAUAGGCCCUUGACAACGGAAAGUCUACCUCCGCCUCUCUCCGGUCACAGGCCCUGGGCCGGCUGGGUGGUUGUCAGCAGUGUGCUGCACCCUAUCAGCUCUCCCAUGUGUUGGCAGGAUUCCCUGUUCCUUAUCUUUCAAGUCAGAAUGGCAGUGUUUCCAAGACCUCUACCGUCGUUCACAGCAGAAAGCCAGGACGCCAACCCAAGACUUGGCUGAGGUCCAGGUGGGCGAUUCCCAGCAAAUGAACAGCACCAGGAGUUUUAGAAAGCCCUGGUCUGUGAGUACUAGAAUCAUUCAACAAAUAAAAUCCAAAGGCACUUUUUUCUGAA